UGCUUGAUCUAUCUCAUCUCAUAUCUCCCUACGGAGAAUAUCUCGACGUAUUGUUCCCAGGAACCAACUUGAUUGCUCCAUUCUUCCGCCACCUUGGAGCAUUCUUGUGUUUCGAUCAGUCGACUCCAGGGCAAUAAUUAACACGCAUAAAUAAAUCACAAGCCGUGGUUUCAAAAGUCGUAAGAAUAAAAGUUGGAAUACCAUUUAUUGAUUCACUGUUGCCCCUCGACAACGCGAGUCCAUGUCUGCGUCAACCGCCUCCGCCUCCGCCGCGAAUCUCCCAUCCGAUUCUCGCUCGGGUCCCUUUCGUCGCCUGAGCCAACUGCGCACCUAUACGCAAAAUCACUUCUCCCCGCAUUCUUCGUCCGCCACCACCAACAGUCAUCGUUCCUCCUAUCUGAAUACCCUCAGCAAUCGUGUCUCCUGGCUUUCUCCCACCUCUCACGCUUCUGCCAACAGCCCAGAGUCUCCUUCCCACUCCUCACCUGUGGGGACUACCAGCGACCAAUCUCCAUGUCCCGAGUCUGAUCGCUCCGCCCUUGCUCGUUACAGUUCUGUGUUUUUUUCCAGCUACCGCAGUCUAGAAGUCGACCUCUACGCCCAGCCUUCUCCUUCUACUUCUUCUGACUCGUCGAGAUCGACUCCCUCGAGCGAGUCUGGUCGCAGCCCGAUGCAGGGGACCAUGGCGCGGCUGAGGAGACUAUCUCAAACCCUCGAAGCACGCAGCAACAUGGAGGCACAAAGCCCCGUGUCAGCAUCAACUAACCCUCAGAACGGAUCGCUCGACUCUCCCGAACCCGUUGCCGUCGGAAAUACCUCAGCGUCUCCGAAACCCAAGCAGAAAGCGACUAUUCGGUUUUUCCCUCACCAAGACCCCCACCAGAGCUCCCGACCAUCCUUGCACUUCAUCCCCGUCUCGCGCACUCUGCCCUCCGAAAACUCUAUUAUUCGAGUAGGGCGUUACUCCGAACGUGAUGGCGUCCCGGUUGCGAACCCGUCCGAGCCUUCUGAUGCUCCUGUUGGCUUCAAGUCCAAGGUCGUGAGCCGGAGACACUGCGAGUUUUUAUACACCAAUGGUCAGUGGCACGUUAAGGAUGUUGGGAGUUCGUCAGGAACUUUUCUGAACCAUAUGCGCCUGAGUCAGCCCAACAUGGUUUCCAGAUUGUACACGAUCAAGGAUGGGGACAUUGUGCAGUUAGGCAUCGAUUUCAGGGGCGGAGAGGAGAUGAUCUUUCGUUGUGUCCGUAUACGUAUCGAGUGUAACCGCUCGUGGCAGCAGCAGCCUAACGAAUUCAACAAAAAUACCGAAAGUCUCAUUAGAAAUCUGGGUAAGGGUGAUACGGCAGAUUACUCUGGCUGUCGUGAAUGCUCGAUCUGUCUUGGUUCUGUUUUGAGGCCUUACCAGUGCUUAUUUAUGGCAGCCUGUGCACACGUCUGGCAUUACAAGUGUGUCAGCCGCUUGAUCCACACCCCUGAAUACCCCAUGUUUCAAUGUCCCAAUUGUCGUGCGUAUACGGAUUUGAGCGCCGAAGUGGACGACACGAAUGAUUUCGAUACUGAGGAGCCGAAGGAUACUGCAGAGGCUGCGCAACAGACUCCCACUCCCGAGGAACCCCAGUCUCACACUCCAUCUCUUCCAUUAGAAGACGGCCACUCUUCGGAUGGAUCCCCAGAGCCUGCACAACAUGGCCAUCAACCAAAUGGUCAUCAGUCGAGCGAAUUGCCAGAGGAAGCGGGGCUUGCUGUCAAUAUUGAAAACUUACAUAUACAGGAUGGAAGCGAUACUCAGGGUUCCGGCACUUCUGAAUCUCCAGAACCUGCCUCCGCUCCAAACAACGAGGGUACCUCGAACAACGAUAACGUACCUCGCAGUAGCAAUAUCGACAUUCCCGGCUGGCAGUCGGUAGCUCAGCCAACUGCCCUCCAGACUCGGCAGGCACAGCUGCGCUCAGACACACCAGUUCGGUCAGAGACUUCUGACGAUAACCCUUUGACCCCAAGGAAUGAUUCAGGUCCCCUGGCCUUUGAUGGUCGGGCUGGGAUGUCGUGACACUGAGGUAGUGAACUGGGUGAUCUUGGACACCAUACUAUUGGCAAUACUUCUUUUCUAAUUGCACAUUUUUAACCGCAUGGAUAUGGAUCGAGUCUACUAGGCCAUCU